CCCUUUCCACACGCCCCUCCUCUCUGGUUCCCCUGAGGCCGCGGAGGAGGAGGAGGAGGAGAGCGAGGGGCGCCGCUCGCCUCUCUCGCCUGGUCGCCGCGAUGGGCUGCACGCUGAGCGCCGAGGACAAGGCGGCCGCCGAGCGGAGCCGCAUGAUAGACCGCAACCUGCGCGAGGACGGCGAGAAGGCGGCCAAGGAGGUGAAACUGCUUCUGCUCGGAGCCGGAGAAUCUGGAAAAAGUACCAUUGUGAAACAGAUGAAAAUCAUUCAUGAGGAUGGCUAUUCAGAGGAUGAAUGCAAGCAGUACAAAGUGGUGGUCUACAGCAAUACUAUUCAGUCUAUCAUUGCAAUAAUAAGAGCAAUGGGAAGAUUAAAGAUAGACUUUGGAGAAGUUGCCAGAGCUGAUGAUGCCCGUCAGCUGUUCGUAUUGGCAGGAAGUGCAGAGGAAGGAGUUAUGACCCCUGAGCUAGCAGGAGUGAUAAAGCGGUUAUGGAGAGAUCCUGGGGUUCAAGCAUGCUUCAGCCGAUCAAGAGAAUACCAGCUUAAUGAUUCUGCAUCGUACUACCUUAAUGAUCUGGACAGAAUAUCCCAGCAGAGCUAUAUUCCAACCCAGCAAGAUGUCCUGCGGACCAGAGUGAAAACGACAGGCAUUGUAGAGACACACUUUACCUUCAAAGACUUAUACUUCAAGAUGUUUGAUGUUGGUGGCCAGCGUUCAGAACGCAAGAAAUGGAUUCACUGCUUUGAAGGCGUGACUGCAAUUAUAUUCUGUGUAGCUCUCAGUGAUUAUGACCUUGUCCUUGCGGAGGAUGAAGAAAUGAAUCGGAUGCAUGAAAGUAUGAAACUGUUUGACAGCAUUUGCAACAACAAAUGGUUUACAGAUACAUCAAUCAUUCUUUUCCUGAACAAGAAAGAUCUGUUUGAGGAAAAGAUACGGAGGAGCCCACUAACAAUUUGCUACCCAGAAUACACAGGUUCUAACACAUAUGAGGAGGCAGCUGCAUACAUUCAGUGUCAGUUUGAAGAUCUGAACCGGAGAAAAGACACCAAGGAAAUUUAUACACAUUUCACCUGUGCUACUGAUACAAAGAAUGUGCAGUUUGUUUUUGAUGCUGUUACAGAUGUUAUAAUUAAAAACAACCUGAAGGAAUGUGGACUCUACUAAAAGAAGAGAGUAACAGAUUUUCCAAGAUGUGAUGUUUUAAGAACUGGACUGUUUAUUUGCUGCCUCGUGGGACAGCUGCAAGCAUGGACAGGACCAGGGAAUGAAAACAGCAUGCAAAAUCCUUGCAUUCUUUAGCACAAUCUUCUUUACUAGGGACCUUUUUAUUGAUACGGGACGCUGAAGCUAGACUUUUUCAAAAAGAAACUACUGUUGUGAAUUUUUUUGGCCAUCCAAGCAUCACUCGGAUUGCAUAAUCUCAAAUGUAUACAGCUGUUAGGAAGCUCGCGUCCCAGAACUUAAAAUAUGUAGCUUUCUUUCUUUUAAUAACCCACGACUAGUCUGUUUUUAAGGUUUUUCCAUCAAAAUUAUAUUUUGACUAAAUUGUAUUUCUUUGCAAAUGACAUUUUGUUGUUUUUAAAAUCACUUAACUAUGCACAUGGUAUGACCAGCUCAUGCAGAAAGUUUUCCUCUUAGCAGGAACCUUUUAACACCUAGGGUGGUCAGAACUUGAUAUUACUGCAACUGUUUAAAAGAGCCUUAGGAUUCGUAUGGCUAAAGCUAUGGCGUUUUCUGAUGUAUAAUUUGUUACCAUUCUGCUUCAUGCACUGUAAAGCUUUUUUCCUCAAAAAGGAGAUUUUCUACCACAGGGUAAUAGGUUCUUUUUGGAUUAUGGGAUGGGAAGGUUAACCUGGUUUAUGCUGAUAACCAAACCACUGAGUGUGCUGCUGUUGUAGCAGGUAACCCUGUUCCUCUUACAAAAUGCCUGAAGUGGCUUUCGGUUAGAGAAGAAAACUGUAAAAUUCCAAACUGGAAAGGGAAUACGUGCUGCUACAAAGCUACUUAGUCAGUCACAUAAUUGUUUGUAUGUGUGUUUGGCCUUAAACCAGUAGGGAGUUUUGUAGACAGUACAAUUUGUUCUGCAUUUACCAGGCUUUUUCUCUUCAGAAAUUGCUAAAAUAUAUCAACAGCAUGCCUUUACUCUGUAAAUGUGGUGCCAAGUUCCUGUUUGCCAUUGUUUUUAUUGUAGUGAUGUUCUUAACCAGAGUCAGUACAUUUCUUUGUUGAAAUCAUUACGUUGAGACUUCCAAAUUUAUCAUGUACAGGUAUCAACCUGAUGUAAUUACUGGCAAUAUUAAAAUGGUGAACUGAAA